CCGCAUCGCUCGCUCGACCAGUCAGUCCCCUUCGCCCACCUUUCUCCACGCCAGACGAGAGCAUGGCGGCGCAGAUGAUCAUUCGGGCGUCCGGCAGGGUCUCCGCCGUCGCCCGCAACGGGACGGUCGCCGCUCUCAAGGUGGAGGUGGCCGCCGCCGGCGCCACUGCGGGCCACUACGCGACGCACGGCGCCUUCCGCGCACUCGCCGUCGCGUGCGGGGCGCUUGGGUUCGUCGGCGGCGCGGCCUACCUCUGCUACUCCAAGGGCGUCGGCUUCACCAAGUACCUCCUGUCCCCCGCUACGUCCAACGCGCCUCGACACGACCGUGAAAGGGCCAACGCGCAAAAGGCGGAGUGGAGAGGAAAGCGUCUCCGCUGUACACGGGAGAUCCGACGCUUGACCAGGCAUUAGGACAGGUUACUUAUAGGUUUUGCACAGAGGUUCGGAGUAACUACUGAUGGGAUUAGUUUUUCACUAAGUAUCGAAUUACUACUGAUGGGGAUAGUUUGGUGUGACGGAUCGAGGGUAAAUGAAGACAUAGACGAGGCCUAAUACUGUUACGUCUGCCUUUUAUACUACGUAUAUCUGUUAUCUGCUUGGUCAUUUGUGCGUACAAGUACUUGAUUCUUGGGGAUGCUGUCUAUUAUCCCGAUGUAUCUCUUUCUACAAGUACUUGAUUCCUAGGGAUGCUGUCUAUUAUCCAGAAGGCAUAUGAUGAAACUUGGCCCUGUGUGAUAUAUGUUUGAUGAGUA